GACAGACAGAGAGAGAGAUGGGAUCUGUGGUAUUAGCACAAGGGUAGACAACUACUGAGAGUGGCCGCUGAGGGGUGGUCCCAUCAGUGGUGACCUUCAGGGGAGACUAGGCCGCCUUGGGUAUCCGCGUAGCCUUAGCACCUGGAAGGCAGUGGCUCCCAAGGUUCCAUGACACCCCCCGCGUUCCGAUUCUGUUAUUGCAACUGCAGACCGUCACCUGGCGUGCCGGGUGCUCGGUCUGUCAUUCCGGUUGGAGUCUGAGCUACAGGCAGUGCCUUGGGCUCUCGACUCUGGCAUCUCGAACCUUCUUUUUGUAGCUGCUGACUCUCCAGUGCUGUGGGGUGUUGUUCAAGCUGUUCCCAAUAUCCCCAGCUCUACCUCUUCUGCCACAUGUCACCAUGGCAGCACCUUUUGACCCGGUGUCUGAUCCAGGGACAGAAAUGAGCCUCCUGGAACUCAACCAGGAGCUUCAAUCCAAGCUGGAAGCAAGCCAGCAGGACUUCCGAGACCUCAGAGAGAAAUUCCUUGUAUCCGAAGCUACUGCCUACUCCCUGGCCAACCAGCUGCAGAAAUACAAGUGUGAAGAGUUGAAAGACAUCAUCGAAUCCGUGCUGGGGGAGACGCUGCAGUGUAAGCAGGGGAAGUUGGCAGAGACCUUGACCGAGAAGCUCAGGCAAUAUCAUAUCCUGAUUAAAGCUCAGGCUGAAGAGCUGACCCAGUUGUGGCAGAAGUUACGGGAAGGGAGAGAAGUUUCUGAGCCACUCGAUCAGCACCUCAGGGACCUCCUCACUCACGAUGACCCCGAGUGUUCCCAAGGCCAGGGCUUCCAGGAACAAGUGGCCGAGGGACGCAGGCUGGCAGAACGCCUUGCCCGCCGGCUUAGCCCCGGUAAGGCGGCCACAGGCCCUGAGUGCACUGAGCUGCUCCGAGGUCCUGGGCUCCCCAGACAUCUCUCGCCUCCCCUCACAUUGUUGGCAGCCGCUGUCUUGGUUUCCAUGUGACACAUGGGGCCACCAGAGGACCCGGACUAGCAGGUGGAAAAGGAGAGGAGAAGUGCACAGGGUGGAGGUCACGGUGCUCCACCCAUCUGUGUCCUCCCCGAGGGAACUGCCUUUAGGGCAGGAGGCAGCCUCCACCAGUGUCAGAGCCCAGAAGGGAGGACGAGGAAGGAGGCAGCUUGUUCGAGUGCAGGGAGCCCUGAGCUAAGCGGGCAGUUCCAGGCUCCCGCCCAGGAGCUGUCUUUAUGAACUGUGGGCGAGAGAGUGAUCUUCGCUUUCUCCAUAACUGUCUCCUCAUCUGUCUAUCAAGUAACCUGUCAUAGCUGUGGUGAUCACAUGCGGAAAGUUCACGACUGCACUUCAGGAAAAAUAAAGUCCCUGACUGUGUGGAGUUGAAUGAGGUAUUGGACGUAGUAGGCCUUGGAGGUGGAACGUCGUUCAGACUGAAACACUUUUCAUACAGACGGCCCGUCCAUAACACUGAUGUCCACUUGGGGACCCAUGAGUCCACAUGUGGAGGGACUUGGGACCGGGUGAUUUUGCUGUCCUCGGGGCAAGGAGGAGACUCUACGUGAGCACUGGGAGCACACAGGGCCUGCGCCUGUGGCAUGACUGUGGCGCCUGCAAGACACUGUUUGCAGAAGUCGGAUCGAAACUGGACAGGCAUCCACGGAUCUGGGCAAGAGAUAGUUUAAACUUUUGCCCAGUCUCAGUCAUGGUGAGCCUCCGAAUCAGAGACACUCCCUGCUGGAUCUGAAAUCCAUACCGCAACAGUUCUCAAGGGCAGUGCCCUGGAGCUUCAGAACAAGAGUUAGUCAUGCAUAGAUAAUUAUGUCGCUAGGGCAUAUAAGCCACUGUGUUUAUAGUGGUGAUGUGGGAGCUCGCUCACGGGAGAUUUCUGAAUUUCUUUGCAGAAGAUGAGGAGGAGGAGGAGGAGGACGAGGAUGAACCAGCAGAAGAAUCCCUCACCGCCAGGUAACAAGGAAUACUGGCGACCCGGUAAUGUGCGGGUGAAAAAGGAUAGGGACUCAGAAAGAACAGUAGGUGAGGUCACAAGAGUCCAGGUGGCAGAU